AUGGGACCAGAAAUAUCCAGCAAGACACAGUUACAAACAUUAAAAUAUGUUUGUGUUAAAUCCUCUUUCCCCUUGCAGGAGUGUUCUCCAUACUCGGCCCACCUGUUCGAUGCUGAAGAUGCUAACACGCCCAUGCGGAUGCUGCCUGGCCUCUGCGGGGAUUACUGCUCCGGCUACUGGCUGCAGUGUCGCUACACGCUCAGCCUCCUCUUGGAGAACUCGGGGAACCCGCAGCAGUUUGCAAACCUGACUGCAACGAUAGAAGAAGACCGCAAAAAGUUCUGUGACUAUCUGGAGCUGAAGGACAAGCAGUACUGCUAUCCUAAUGUGUUGACAAAUACAGAGCUGAAUGCUAACCUUGGCUUGGUCCGUGAAGAUCCCACGGGAUGUCUGGAGCUGUGUUUGCAAGAGGUUGCCAACGGGCUCCGUAACCCUGUGGCCAUGAUUCACGCAGAAGACGGGACUCAUCGAUUCUUCGUGGCGGAGCAGCUGGGUUAUGUGUGGGUGUAUCUGGCCAACGGCUCCAGGAUCGACCGGCCUUUCCUUAACCUCACCCAUGCCGUCCUCACAUCACCGUGGGCAGGAGACGAGAGAGGAUUCCUCUGCAUAGCCCUACACCCAAGGUUCGAUGAGGUCAAGAAAGCCUAUGUGUACUACUCUGUGUCAGUAAAGAAGGAGGAGAGGAUACGUGUCAGCGAAUUCACUCUGCUAACAACCGAUGACAACCAACUAGAUCACUCCUCUGAGAGGACUAUUCUUGAGGUGGUAGAGCCAGCAUCCAAUCACAAUGGAGGACAGCUUCUAUUUGGCCGUGACGGGUACCUGUACGUCUUCAUCGGCGAUGGUGGCCGAGCUGGAGACCCAUUUGGAAAGUUUGGCAACUCACAGAACAAAUCAACACUCCUCGGGAAGGUGCUGCGUCUUGAUGUGGACAACAAUGAGGAUGGCGCCCCGUACAGCAUCCCCUCUGACAACCCUUUCUUGCACGAGAAAGAAGCUCGACCCGAGAUUUAUGCCUAUGGAGUUCGCAACAUGUGGCGUUGUUCCAUCGACCGAGGUGACCCCACCACAGGCCGAGGCGGAGGCAGGAUGUUUUGUGGUGACGUAGGCCAAAACAAAUUUGAGGAGGUGGACCUUAUUGUUAAAGGAGGGAACUACGGAUGGAGGGCCAAAGAAGGCUUCAGCUGCUACGAUCGCAAACUCUGUCUAAAUUCCUCGCUAGAUGACAUCCUGCCUAUCUUUGCCUACCCCCACAAGCUGGGCAAAUCAGUGACGGGAGGUUACAUCUACAGAGGCUGUCAGAUGCCCAACCUCAACGGACUCUACAUCUUUGGGGAUUUCAUGAGUGGGCGUCUGAUGUCUCUGAAGGAGAAUGUCGCUUCAGGUGAAUGGCAGUACAGAGAGAUCUGCAUGGGAGGAGACCAGACCUGCAGAUUCCCAAAACUCAUCAACAGUUAUUAUAAAUACAUCAUCUCUUUUGCUGAGGAUGAAGCAGGUGAACUGUAUUUCAUGGCCACUGGAGUGGCGAGUGCCAAGGCCAGAGCAGGAGUCGUCUAUAAGAUAGUGGAUCCUUCCAGGCGAGCAGCACCAGGAAAAUGCAGCUUCAAACCUACUCCUGUUAAGAUAAAAGGAAAACUGGUUCACUUCUACCCCAAAGAAGAGUUCGUAAUCAACAAGAAACCAACAACCACACCAAUACCAACAACAUCCACAAGAAAAACUACAACAACAACGAAAACACCCCCAAGAAGAAAAACACCAAUUAUUAUUAUCAAACCACCAAUGCCAACAAGAAAAACAAUAAGAAAAACAACAUUACAGACAACAAGAAAAACACCCCAAACAACAGCACUAAAAACAACUUCAAAAACAACAAUUAAACCAACAACCGUACCAACAACUGUCCAGAAGGCCAUGGAAACAACCCCCGCCCCAACCACACCCACCGGUUAUCGCACAACCAUCAUGACUGCGGCCUUCACUAGGAGUGCUCAAACACCAAUCAUCCCCACAUCUCCAACCAGGAAACACGGGAGACCCCUUCAAUACGCUCCUAUUACCACCUCCAAACCUUUAACAUCAGCACAACCUCCUCCUUCCCCAUCCACGAAACGGCCCAAGGUGGCUUUGACCUCUGAGCGCCCGGCAGCGUUGACCACACCACGGCCACAGUAUUGGAGUCUGAAACCCACGACAUCAGGAUACAAGCCCCAGAGACCGCCGAUCAACACAACACCGACCAAAACACAAGAAGAGGGGCUGCGGCUCGGAGAGAAGCUGGAAAACACCGGAGGGGCUAACCAAGUAUACAAGAGGCCCCGAGGAAGAAGUCGAGGUUCGAAGAGAGGAAGAGGAGGAAGAGGAGGAAGAAAGCUGCGUGCCGGCUCGGUGCGACUGGUGACCACUGAUGGAUUAUCAGAUCGAGGCAGACUGGAGAUCUUUAUCCGUGGGGAGUGGGGGACGGUAUGCGACGACCUUUUCACCAGCAAAGCAGGUUCUGUGGUGUGUCGACAGCUCGGCUUCACCACGGCGUUGGCGGUGAUGAAGAGGGCUGUCUUGGGGGAGGCGGACCGUAACGUCAGGAUCCUGUUGGACGACGUGGAGUGUGAGGGCGGGGAGAGGUCGCUGCUGGAGUGCAAGAGAUCCAGGGUGGGGAAACACAACUGCUCACAUGGGGAAGAUGUAGGGGUGAUCUGCGGUUAGCAUGGAGGAGAAGAAAAUAGAACAAAGUAUAGGAAGGAAAGGAAACAAGGAGGCAGGGGAGGGAUGUGUGUUAUUGCAUACAAGAAGUAACAGGAUGAGGGGAAAAAGCAUUAGAAGAGAGUAUACAAGAUGACUGCAGACUGCUUUAUUUUCAAGCAUGAAUGUUGGGGAGGUUGGAUCGGUUGCUUAAUGAGUUAUUGAAUUGUAUUUUUUUUUAAAGGUCAAUAAGGAAUGAGUGAGUGUCGGAGUAACUUGAAUCCUACUUUUGAAGUGUUUUCUGUUUACAUACUUACAUGUGGCAGACACCAGAUCCUGUUAAACAGUCAGGUGUGUCCCAAGAGAAUAUAUUUGUAUUUUUGUAUCAUCUCAAGCAGGUCUUUUCUUUUUCUCCAACAGCUUCUUAUAUUUGCAUUUUGAUACCUUUUUUAAUGUAGUUUUAAGAUGAACACAUCUCAAGAGUUUUAACAAGGAAAUGCUGGACAUUCUGAAUGAUGAAUGUAAUAAAAGGUUUCCUAUUUUAUAUAAAGACAUUUGAGGGCACAGAGUGUGAUAUGAA